AUGUGUAUAGAAACAGCUCCCUGGACCGGAGCCUCCCAGCACAAAGAACAAGCACAACUGUAUCUGGGGCUUGGGGAGAACGAGAGAAGCAAAAGAUCACUGUUCCAGAUGGGCCGGAGGUCCAAGCUGUCCUCGCCAGCAGCUGCGAUAGAUGGAGCUUCUUCCUCAACUAUGGUGCCCGUGAAGAAGGUGCCCGCACUCAACACGGCGUACAAUUCGGGGAUGCUGCAUUCCAUCGCCGGAGACUGGAAUCCAAACAUCAAAGGUGUGUUUUCCGGGAUAGGCAUGGAGGAGCUGUGCAAGAUCAAGGACAUGGGCAACAAUAACCGUAUCUUUAGCAUGUCCAUGUUAGCUAGGAUAGAUCCUAAAGAUAUGAAGAUGUAUAUGGGCGAUGGGAAUCAUGUUAUUGUCAAUUAUAGGGAGGUGGCGAAAUGUUUAGGGUUGUCGCCGUGUGGUAGGAAGAUAGAUAUCCCGGGCGGGGUUUACUUAGCGAACAGGGAAGGCUUGCUAGAGAACUUGCAUGCCAUCUUAGACACCACCAUGUCUAGGGCAAGUAGGAUCCCUGUCGUCAAAGUGAAGAAAAUCAUACAAAACGCAAGCAAGGUAGCGAUUGUAGGAGCAGAAAAGGAGAAGAUGAUAGUGGCAUGUACAAUCAUAGCCGCUUCAACAUUUCUCCUGCCUAGGGGAGCACACCCCAAAAUUGCCAAUGAAAUCCUUCCGGUCCUAGCUGAGCCGACCCAAAUCUCCGAUUACGAUUUCUGUGAUUAUGUUGUGGAGGGGUUGAGAGAGGGUGCUGCCAAGCUUAGGGAGGAUCUCCUGCAUGACCCAUCUCAGCUGAGUCUCCAAGGGUGCCUUGUCAUCCCUCAGAUCAUUUUCUAUGAUUACCAUGAACACGGGAUGGAGGGACGAGAGACCCUGUCGUUCCCUCGCUUGGCCUCGUACUCGGAUCUGAUGAUGAAACUGCAGAUUCGCAAGCAUGCAGCAAGGCAUGGUGUGGCCGCUGGAUUUGAGGCAGUGGAUGUCCCCAGGUCGCCGGUAAUCAAUGCCGUUUGUGGGAGCGCAACUCAAGAACAUGGCUGGGCCACGCCAAGUUCUAGUGUGCAUGCUCCUCCUACUGGAUUUCGUGUGGACCAUGCGACAGAGAUACCACGAGAGAUUCUUGAUGCGUUCAAGGAGGCAGUGGAGCAUCAACUGAAGCAGCGUGAGCAGGAAUUCAUGAAGAUGGUAGAGGAGACACAAGUCAAAGUGCUUGUAGAAAUCAAGAGCAAGGCAGAUGCUAAACGGCACAGAGACCCGGAGGACACGCUUGGCGAUUUCAUGGAUCGAGUGAAGAGGCAAGCUCCGAUGGCUGCCGCAUUUCCUAAUGUGAGCCAAACCUCGCAUCGGCCCAGGGUAAGUACAGAUAUUACGCAAGAUCUGGCUGAAACCUCAAGGGAAGCUGCUAGGGCUUUGAUGUCAGUAGUUGUAGUUAAUGAAGAGCCACGUGGCAACCCAGAGACGAGUGCGGUGGCGGGUGCAUCAACGCGUGUGCAAGAAACUGACAUCAACUCACAAGCUGCAGUGCAUGUAAGUGCAUAUGGGAAAGAUGUUGCUGUGCAGGCUGGUGUUGAUGAACCAAUGGAGAAGACUAUGAUCGUGGACCACAAAUGAAAGGGGAUGGCUGUAGAAUG